GCACUUGUUACUAGUAGCUUCUUGUUGCCAAGUUGCAAAGUUGCCAACUCUGCAUGGAGUCCUCGUCCGACUCAGAUGACGACUCCAUCACGGCGCGCCGCUACAAACGUAUAGCCUGGUGCGUGGUUCUCGCUGGUUUGCUGACCAUCCUGGUGGGCUUGCCGCAGGUCCCAGUGUUGCUGCACUAUCAUCAGCCCCUGGGCUUCGCAGCGACCCCAGACAGUCCGGGCAUCUUGGGCCAGGCAGAGCUCAAGACCUUCUUCCCGGCGUUUGCUGCUGGCGCUGAGGCGCCAGUGGUGCUGCUGAUCCGCGGUCGAAAUGGUAAGGUUCUGACCAAAGAAGUCGAGGAGUUUACCGCACGUAUUGAGCGCGCCCUGACAGACCCCCGCGCGGAGCCAUUGCAUCCGCUGCUCUUGGGCCUUUAUGCCAGCAACCGGUUGGGCAGCCUCAAACUGCCAUCGGACCUGGUUCGAAGAAAGCUCCUCUCAAAGGACCAGAGGAGCACCUUGUUGGUUCUGCUACCAACUUCCUUCCCAAGCUUUGCAACCUUUCGAGAGAAAGGAGUCAAUCGCACUGUCUUCGCGCCAUGGCUCUACCGAAAGCAGCUCAUGGAGUUUUUGCACGAGAUGCUCUUGGAUGGGCCUGCUGAUGCUGAGGUGCUUCUCACUGGAAACCCCGUCAUCGAAUAUGAGAGGUUCUUUGAUCGGAGCAUUGAACUACUGUUGCGGGCGGAGCUUUGUGUGUUGCCCUUCACCACCAUGAUCUUCAUUUGGUUGGUCCGGGAGGUCCGACUACUGGUCUUUCCACCUUUGGUCUUGCUCUGCUCCUUGGCCUUGAGUGCUGCUUGCUCAGUGCCGCUGGCCAAGUGGACGCCUUUGUCUCCGGAUGUACCGCCUGCCAUGAUCUCAGUGUUGCUGGCCUUCAGCUUGGACUAUUCUCUCUUCAUCUUGAGCCGCUUCAUGGAAAACCAUAGCAAAGGUGUCGAGAGAGAGGAGAAUGCCAAGAUCUUGGUUUGCGAGACUGGGCACACCAUCGUGGUUAGCGGAAUCCUGAUUGCCAUUGCUUUCUUUGGAGCAUUCGCCUUGCCAGAGCGUAAUCUGCACAGCGCGGGGCAAGUGUUGGGCAUUACAGUGGUCUGCUGCAUGCUGGUGAACAUCGCUCUCUCGCCAUCCUUGCUGCUCCUCUUCGGUUGGCGCUUCGUGGAGACCGAGUCGCCGGACAGCGAGAGCGAGCGAGAGGCGCUCAUGGGCAAGGAAACUGGGUUGCUGGGCCUCAGUGGCAGCGAGGGGGAGACGCUGGGUGAGGAGGCCUUUGCGAAGCACAAGAACUGGUUUCGCUUCAUGCGGCUCAUCGAGCGAUGUCCUCGAGGGGCAGUUUGCUUGGUCUUUCUGAUCUUCCUGCCAUUGACUUGGCAGCUUCCAAAGCUUCAUGGCACCGCCGACAUCUAUGCGGCCCUCCCGCGAGAUAUGCCCAGCGUGCUUGCCAUGCGGGAAUUGGCACGUGAGUUCCCUGGUGGUCAAUUUGAUCCUUACUUUGUGGUUCUCACUGGGGACACGCUGAUCUCGGAGGAGGGCUACAAGGCGAUGCUGCAGCUUUGUGGCAUGCUGCAGAAUGUGGGGGUGGAUUCAAUAUUGGGCCCAGUUUAUUUGUUGGACCGCAGUGUGGAUUGGCAGACCUCACAGCGCUGGCAAUCUGUGUUGGCCCCAUCUGAAAUACACCAGACGUACAGGACAGUGAUGGCAAGCCACGUGAAUGGGUCUGCAGUGCUCUUGGAGGCCUUCACGGACUUCUUACCGCGGGGCUCGAAGGGGGCCAGCUGGGUGCGUGCCGUGCGACAAGGCCUUGAGAUUUGGCAAGGAGAACAUCCUCAGUUUACGGCGAGCCUUUCGGGUGGAGCAACCCUCAUGGUGGACGCACAGGACACUGUGAUGCAGGCCGUGCCCCUUUAUCUGCUCAUUUGCAUCUCGCUCAUCACUUUGGUCGUCUUCGGGAUUUUCAGAAGUCUUUUGCUGCCUCUUCGCCUGGCUUUCGCCUUGCUGUUCACUCUAGCAGCGACUUUUGGCACAGCUGUGGUUUUCUAUCAGACGCCGCUUCUGCAUGGCCUCUUCCCAUGGCUUGCGAACUACGAUGGUUUGUGCUACGAAAUUGUUCCGAUGGCCGUGUGCAUUGCCAUCGCCCUAGGUCUCGACUACGACAUCUUCCUGGUGAGCAGGAUCGUGGAGUUCCGCAAAGAAGGCUUCAAUGAUCCUACCAGUAUAGUCUUGGGGGUUGCCAACACCGGCGGCAUCAUCUCGGGCGCAGGCGCCAUCAUGGCCUUAGCCUUCAGUGGACUCUUCUUCUCUCCCAAGCUACUGCACCAACAGUUUGCUUUCCUCCUGGUCACGUCUGUCUUGCUGGACACUUUUGUCGUGAGGACUAUUCUGGUGCCUGCCAUGAUGCUAUCUGCUGGAGACUACAAUUGGUGGCCGCGACAGAUGCCACACAGUCGAAAACGUGGGCCACAGCUUAUGGCUGUGACAGAUGCCGCACAGUCAAAAGGCGGCUGAGAUUCACCGGGUGGGAGCCGGGUCACUUUGAU